AUGGCUGCUGGAUUGUCCAGUGCCAAAUAUGUUAACCAUCAAGGCAUUGAGGACCACAGAGAAUCCAGAGCGUCUUCUGAACAAAGAACAAAUGAGUUUUCCUUGCUUCAUUAUCAAGUAAAACGCCAGCCCUUCCAACCUAGAACUCCACCUUUUCCAGAAGAAGACACAGGUUUAAAAAUCAUCAUUUGCAAGAAAAGUGAUGGCCACUUCUGUCAAAAAUAUUGCAAUUACUUGGAGACACAAAUGGGCUACUGUUCUGAAAAAAAAGACGCCUGCUGCGCACAUCCGAAUUGA